AGCGCGAAUUUCAAACACUUCAUCGUCUAAAUACUAUUUUGGCAUUAUAGCUGAUGUCAGUUCGUGAUGAAAACCCGAAGAAAAAUUCCUAACUCUAACCAUCAACUGUAAAUCAUAAUUCUAAUUACUCACACAGGUUUAUAACCCUUAUCUAGUCCUAGUUAGUAGGUUGACAUUUUCAAGGUCACUUUAACCUUGCUCAAAGGACAACCAUUAAUUACCGUAUCACGUAUAACAUGCAUUCAUAUCUCAGUAUGUCUUUUGAUUCCUCAUAGAUUUGUACCGAAAAAUUCUGAGUUGGUCUAUGUGAUGGUAAUGUAUCGACAAUGGGUUCCAAAAAGGGCUUGAUGAUGAUACACUAAUGUAAUCCAGCUCACGUAAAUAAGAAUUCUAACUGCUUUGCAACCCUUGUUUAGUCCUUAUUCGUAGGUUACCACUCUUACGAUCGGUUCAGGGUUGCACCAAAGUUGUCCGUGAAUUAUGGUUCUACCUAAACUCAUGAUUCUUGAUCUAAAACGAAAUUUCAGUGUACCUCUCGAAAUCAUAAACUUGAGAUCGCACAAUAACGUCAUGCAUUUCGAGUUAUAAAGCGAUGAAUAAAUUGUUCAGAAACCACUUCUGUUACGUGUGUGUGUGUGCUGUAUGCUGUAUCGUAAUCGACAAUAAUAACGUUAGAUAUUGUCGAUAACCUUGAGAACUUUCAGUGAUUGAUCGUAAAAUUUCGAUCUAAAUACAUAACAGAUAACAUGCAGUCAGAUCACGGUAUGUCAUUUGUUUCCUCAUAGAUUUGUACCGAAAAAUUCUGAGUUGGUCUAUGUGAUGGAAAUGUAUCGACAAUGGGUUCCAAAAAGGGCUUGAUGAUGAUACACUAAUGUAAUCCAGCUCAUGUAAAUGUUGGAUUGAUAGAAUGAUUCAGUAACACAGGGAUUCGUAUUUAUUGUUUUGUCUACAUCUCGCCAAUUCGAUUGGUCUUGUUCCGUACUCAGUUACUGUAAAAGUCAAAUGAAAAUUACUGUAAUUACAUGCCGAUAUGGCUGAUACACUUAUGCCGCUACCUGUUAGUUUUAUCAUUGUACUAUCUUUAAUUAACUGAAUAACUAUUUUGUUUGGCUUCGUUGACUGUUCUUGAGGUCGUUAAUUACCAAGAACUAAAUAGGCGUAUUUACAUCAGCUAUAUAUCACAAACAUCGGGAGUAUAUCCAAUGAAUUAAUAAAUUAAGAAAGCUGAAAUUGUUUAGAAUUUCCACCCAUUUCUCAAUAUAGGUGAUAUAAUGCAGGAGAAACUAGUUUGUCAAUAAUCUCAGCGUAGAACUCGAUACGGUUGUGUGUUGAUUCUUGUUAUCAAACUUCAUAUCAGUCCAGUAAGUUCAAUAAACAAAGAUAAAAACCACGUGGUAAAAAUGUCAUCACCGGAAGUUUUAUAAAAGUAAACAUCGGAACAGCGGUCUAAGAGAACGAAUAAAAUCCAACUAGAAAUCUGUUUAACACUGGAUUUUCAGGUCUAAUUAAUGAUUUACUAGAAUUCAAGACACUUUUCAACAAUUUCUCUGUUGUUUAAAGUAACACCAGCUUCUGUGAGAUCUUUUUUCUUCGUUUUAAGACUUUGACGGAAACUUGGUGGCGCUUGUGAAUUAAACCCUCAAAUGAAGUAAAAUCUUAGUGCAUUGAAUAACUUUUAUCUGUUUACUACCAAUUUUGUUUGUAAAUAUUCUGAUGUAAUGAGCUAUGUUAUGCUUCUGUAGCAGUAAAGUUUGCCAUAUGGACUAAUUUCUGGUGGUUUUGUUUUAUGAGUUAGGUGAUUUGACUGUCGAUUUUUAGUUGUUAUUCUGGACAAAAUCUUAAACCCCUACUCCACGUAGAAGUGAGAUUUCUGGUUGUUCCACAAACACUACAUCUAUCUGUUCCCAUGGCCAUGUUUAUUACUUGGUACCUUCGUACACUUUGUCACCUUCAUUUGUCGUUGUAUUCGUAUCGACUGUCUUUGCUGGUUGAAAUCUAACACUAUGAUUAAUUGGCCUAUUUCAUGUAGGUUUGUAGAUUGGGUGGACAUCAAUGCACUUGUUUAUUCCCAACGGACUUAAGUGUUUUCCCCAUGGAGGUUCCCUGGCCGUCUUGGGAUUUCUCUUGCAGAUAGUUUCGAAUUUUCUCUAGUUAAACUCACGUCCAUGGUUGUCUACAUAUGUCGAUAUCAGUGACACCAUAUCACUUCUCUCUAUUGCUGAUCCGUGUUCAUUUAUGGAUAGAUGAGGAGGACGUUCAACUUGUUCAGUGUGAUAGGUCCCGUAGUUGGUGCAAUUUAUUUUGUAAAUGAUGUCUCAUUUCUCUUCUUUUGUUGUUGCCUUUUGGUCUGUAUAGAAUGAAAUAGAGUGGUUGCAUUGGUUUGUGGGCGACGGUUAUUCCAAAGAGCUUUAGAGCCCUUGUGAUGAUUUCUGAGAUGAGUUUCGCACAUCGUAGGGCGAUCUGUUUCUUGGUUGCCAGAGUUGUUUUUUUACUUCUGUGAUUAGUGUCUGGACAUAAUUCGUUUUGUAUGCUGUUGUAGCUUUUAAUACUUGCUUUGUGUACCUUAGUUUUUUCCAUACUUGUUUUUUACGUCCCUCUGUUUACUCUGUUGCCUAAAAUAUCAAAGAACAAGAUCCUGUCUUCUGUUUCUUUAAUUGUAAAUUUGCUGUAGUUGUUAACGUCGACCAACUUACGAAUAUUUGCAAGUGAUCUCUCUUCAGGAUGACUAACAUGUCACCCGCGUAACCUCUUCUAAAUUGAUGUGGUAAUCAUAAAACUAAACAGGAUGUACCUGAAUCCUAGAGUGUGUUGUUUACCUGUAUGUUUACUCAUAUGGCUAACCCACUAACAUCUUAAGAGUUGAACUUAGAACUUAGUGGGUGAUUGUUGUAGAUACUGUCUAUAGAGCUCUCGAUUACUCAAGAGAUGAAAUCUUGGGUUGAAGUGGAGAUACGUUAUCAAACAUGCUCAUGAUUACUACCAGUGUCACCAAUUCCGGGGGUAGAUCUAUAUAGUAAUACUGUGGCGCUGUCGAUCGUCUACUUAAUAAUGUGUACUUUUUCAAUAAAUUUGUGACUACAUUUUAUAAAGCCAGCUCAACAAACAAUGAAGUUUAUGGAAUACAUUUUUCCUCUCUUUUGCUUCGAUACUUUAUAGAAACAGUAUGGGAAAAUUACAAAACUGGACAUUUAGGCGAAGAAAUGUCUGACAUGAAUGCAUGAAGUCUCAUAACGUUAUACACUAGCUCGAAUCUUGAAAUUAAAGAAGUGUUCACGUGAUCUAAUAGAUCAUCUUGUUUUAUCAUUUUGAGCUUAUCUCUAGAAACUUAGGGAAGGUCUACAUCCAUCUAAGUUAUAACCUUGGUUCGUAUAACCAGAUAUACAUAUAUCUUUGGUGUUUUUCUUUGUUUAUCAGCAAACAUCUACAAUAUAUCUGUUUUCUAUUUUUCAACCCACCAGUUUACUUGAGCGUGUGAUAUUAAGAUAUUAUCGUGCAGUCUUUGGUUCUUAUGAACCAUGUUGAUCCCUGAAGACCAAAUAUGGAUGGUCGUUGUUGGUUUCAUAAUAGCUUUUAUUCUUGCUUUUGGAAUUGGUGCAAAUGAUGUGGCAAAUUCAUUCGGGACUAGUGUUGGGGCCAAAGUAUUAACACUGAAACAAGCUUGUAUUCUUGCUACAAUCUGUGAAUUAAGCGGUUCUGUUCUUUUAGGUAAAUUUAGUUUGGUUAUAUAUACGUGCGUGCUUCUUCAGGUGCUAAAGUUUCCAAUACCAUACGGAAAGGUAUUGUUAGUGUCGAACUUUUUCAAACCAUCGACAACGGGCAUGUACUCUUGAUGGCCGGACAGGUUGCUGCUCUGGGUGGUAGGUCUAUGAAAAUAGUAUUUUUUUCACUAUAUAAUUUUUUUCUGGAUUUCAAAAGUAAUCAACUACAUUUAAUCUCUGGUGCUAACAGUUAUACAUGAAUUAAAUAAAACUGAUAAGAUAAUAAUUCUCCUAGUGAUAAUGAGCUAUUUUACUUUAUGUAUAUCAACGUUCGCUCGACCAUAGCUGCUAUCGAUGUGGUGGUCGGACUUGCCUAUCGUGAUGAUUCUACUGAACUAUGUCGGGGUAAGCACUUGUUUCUUUAGGUGCUGCCACACCAGGGAGGUCGGUUGGAAGACGGUAAUGCUAAAAGCAGCAACUUAAGGCCCGCAGGCCAGAUCGUACUGCUGACUGUAGUGGAGUGUGGGUGCAGUAAGGUGUUUUGUUCGGACAAUCAGCAUCUGCAUCCGGCGGUAAGGCGUUUUGAAGUGCGAAGCAAACUCAUCAAAACGUCCCAUAUAAAGCACGUGCGCAACUGGCCUUAAGCAGUUGUCCUUUGGGCUCUGUGGUCACACUCCUAGUUCGCCAAGACCACCACUAAUUCAACAUCCUUUUCAGGUCCCUCAAGAAGAAAUAUCCUUCUGCGGUGUGGGCAACCGGGAAGUGACAACCAUUCUAAUACUACUAUCAGCACCCGAGGUCAUCGUAUUGACGAUGGAACCACUCCUUUAUCUCCUAAUAAUUCUUUCAUCCCAAUGAAUAACCCUUCUAACUUAUCUUUAUCACCACGUGCCACUAACAUUAAUGAUUUGAGUUCACGAAAUGUUAUUUCUGGUCUCUUGAAACUAUGCUCUAAACUAUAUGUUGGAGCUUUUAAUAUUCGAACCUUGUGUCGGAUGACACAACAUGCUCCUUUAGCUAAAAUCCUAGAGUCUCGCGCUAUCAACGUGUAAUGCGUCUCCGAAACGCUCAUACAGGGUCCAAGUACAGUCAUUCAUUUGACCUCACCUUGUCAGUAUAAAGAAUCGGGACGAUUUGCUCUAAAAGUGACUGGAGACCCCACUGCUAGUUCCCGUGACCUCGCUGGUGUAGGUUUAGCAUUAAAUUCCAACUUAAAACAGGCUUCCCUAGACGGGACUCGAAUAAACAGUCGCUUGUGUGCUGUCCAGCUAAACGGGACAGGAAGAACUCGAUAACCUCAUAGAUGAUAUCAUCAUCACACUAAUAAAGUUGUAAGUUCGAUUUCGGACCAAACGCAUCCUGCAAAUCUGGACAGACGGUGUACAUCUCGAACUCUAUGGGUGUGAUAAACGGACAAAGUGGCUGACUUAGUAGAUGAGGAACUCAAACGACUUAAUCUCUAAUCCGAUGCAUUCAUCAUCACCGGUACAGCAGUGACAUGGACAUGCUCAGAUCGCAUUAUCCUAUAUGUACUUUGUCUUCGUGUCAACUCUGCUCACUUAUCGUUUUGAUGGAUCGUCCCAUUAUGACUAUAAUUAUCAUAUUCUCAUGAUUACAUUAAUGUCAUAUCAUCACCUAACGUGGAAUUAUUAUUUUUGUUCGUGCUGACAUUGGAUUAUGACAUAUACACAAUCAUAUCACUCACCGAAGAAAUUAUAAUUUUAUGAACAUUCCAUUCACGUUAUAACAUUUGAAACUCAUUGGACUGUUUUCUAUUAUUCAAUAACGUAAAACUUUCCUGUCUUGAGUGAGUCCGCUCAAUUUUUUUUCGUGCCAUUUCCGCCCUAUUUUUACACACAUUUACUUAGGCGAGAUCAUUUUAAUGCUAUACCAAACAUUUUUCAUUUCGAUAUCAUUUGUUAUGUCUGUGGAUGCCUUUAAUUCUGAUAAGCUUUUUGCUAGGAUAUCUCAUCUUUAUUUUGUUCUGGGUCAAUUAUCGCAUCAAUGACUUGGUUAUUAUCUUUCAUUUUUGCGGAUAUAUGGCUGUCACAUGUCAUAUAUUUCCGAUAUAUUUACUACCUGCUCAUACAUCAGACAACUUGCAACCUACUUAUUCUCACGGUAUAUUCCUCUGUCAUACCCAUGAACGAUUUAUCACUCUGUUUUCACGAUAUUUUGAAUCGCUCAUACGAACGUGUCAUUUAAUCAUUCAAAGUCACGAAAUAAAUGUAUGUUAAUUUUUUGUACGCUUGAUAAUUUGCUCAUAAUCGCAUGCUAACAUUCCAUUUUUUCCCCAUCUUUACAAUAUUCAUGUACUUUUUUACAUAAGUGUGACAAUACAUUCACUCCUUACGCGACACUACUCUAUCAGAUACAGUACAAUUUUUGUUCGCUAGUUAUUGUUUACGUUAACUGCACACAUCUUCUGUGUUAAUUUCGAAAACAGACAUUUUAAGGUUAAUUCGCUAUUUUCUACAGGGGGCUUUGACGUGGCUGGCACUAUGUCAAGCCCAUAUAGUUUAUUCUAGCUUUCGGACAGGCCAAUUCAUUCAUUCUCCUUGAGUCACAUUUUUGACUUUGUUAAUUAUUCGCUUAUCAACCUUGACCGUUUUUAUGUAAGCGUAUGUGUGUGCGUUUGUUAUUCGACUCAUCACAUGUCUGUAACCUGUUUUUUGUCUGACUAGAAAUAUUGAGUAACUCUUGAUUCAGUUGAUUUGAUUGACAUGUCUUCUCCGGUUCGUUUUGUUUCACUCUCUCCUCUUCUCUUCCUUCGCUCCGUCUUUCUGAUUGUCUAUUCCGAUCAAUGAUUGUACAAAAUAUACUUAUUCAAAACUCAUUCUUGUAUUUGUCUUACUUUAAUUCCGUUAUUCACUAACGCGAGUUAAGUCGAGGAUUGGCAACACGUAUAUAUCUCGAUAACAAUCAGAAACGAUCUAACUGGAGUUAGAUAUAAUGCCACUAGAAGUGUAUUUUGAGAUCACGGAAUAUUCAAUGUCUGGGUUAGGAAUAGAGUACUAGGCAAAGAUAGGAAACCGAUUGAUUAUCUAAUAAAUCUACAUCAACUGAGGUGUUUGGGACAUGUGUUGCGUAUGCCCAACCACCGCCUACCUCGACAGUCGAUGUUUUCUGGUGCAGGAGUAGGCUGGAGGGAAGCUAUGGGGCAGCCAAACCAAAACAUGACAUCAAUCCAUGGAGUCACUGACAACUGGAUUUAACUAGUGUUAAUAAGUACUACCUGGUCGACGGUUACAUGAUUAUCGUAAUCAAUGGUUGGAGACGUUGAAUGACAUGGCUCUAAAUCGUUUGGAACGGCUCAGGUGCAUCCAUUCUUUGUCGUUAUUCUGCUAAUUUAUAUUUUCUUUUCGAGUCAUAUCUUCGAUGUCCAAUAUUGCCUAUUACCACUGAUACUGUUACUACCUCUACUAUUUUAGGAUCUGGCCUGACAACAACUUCAUCUUUCUGUGCUAUUCGGGUAUGGCAACUUGAACCGAUGUACAUGCGUAUAGGUUCUACGUUGUGAUUGACUAAUAUCAACUGUUAAAUUACAGUUGUUACCAAACUGUUUAAUGUCUUUUGCACAAUAAAACAUUUGAGGGCAACUUUAAAAAUCUUAAAUACUUAGUCAGUUUUAAAAGGAGAUUUUAUUAUUCCAAAACAAUGACGUACUUAUUACAAUAUUGAUAAAAUAAUUGUCAAGUUAUUUGUUAGUUUUUAUUCUAUGUUUGAGUGAAAUUGUGUGCAGAAUCCAACGUAGUUCUUGUGAUUAUAGUUUUAAUGUCAAGUUGGCACAUUUAUACUCCAUGUUCUUAACAAAUAUUUACUUCUCUCAAGGUGAUUGCUAAUUUCCUGUUAAAAUAAUCUUUGUUGUAAAAUAAUUUGUGACUUAUCAAAAUUUAUUAUUGGUUGCAUUUGUGAUAGGCAUAUUUUUUAAUGCUAUUUAUUUUUAUUGAAUAAAAACGAACCCAUUAGAUAUUUGUAUACUUGUUUAGCAAAUGUUAUGUUUGCUUAAAGCCUGUAAUAUUGGGUCUAAUGAACUCAUGACAAGCAGUUAAAUGUAUACACUGUUAUUAUGUAUUAUUCAAUUUGGGAUUAACUCUAACAUUUUGAGAUUAUUUCAGGUUCUUGUAUUUGGCUUUUGGUUGCUACAUUCUUCCGUCUUCCAGUCUCUGGCACACAUAGUAUUGUAGGUGCAACGAUGGGUUUUAGUCUUGUUGUUUUUGGACUCAAUGCUAUUCAAUGGAAAGGACUACUCAAAAUUGUUGGAUCAUGGUUUCUCUCACCUCUUCUAAGCGGUUUGGCAUCUAUCGGAGUAUUUUUCCUGAUGCGUUUUAUGGUGCUGAGAAAAGAAGAUCCUCUUGAACCUGCACUUAAACUUAUUCCAGGUUUUUUCGGCACAGUGGUUCUGGUCAAUAGUUUUUCAAUAUUUUACGAAGGACCUUCAUUGCUGAAAUUCGAUAGGAUACCCCUUUAUGGAAUAUUUAUAAUUAGCUGUGGUUUAGGUAUUAUCACUGUUCUACUUGUGAAGUUUGUUUGGGUACCUUUGGUUCGUCGACAUAUUUUAACUGGAGAAUCGAGUAGACAUAUUUUAAAAGGCUAUUGUUCCCGUAAGAGCAAAAAGAAAUUGUCUGUCGUUGUAGACGAUAAGUAUCAAUCUGUUAAGGAUAAUAAAUCUUCCAAACUUUCAAGCAGUAAUCAUGAAUCGAUUGAUAUGGAUACGUAUAUACCUCGUGCAGAGGGAGAGGCUGUGGUUGGAUUUCGAAACAAUGUUGCCAGAGGAAAUACAGAUGACAAAGACAAACUUGGACGAGUUACUAAUGAAAAUAAUGGUGUAUUGCAGGGAUUAGAAAAUCAAAAUAAAGUUUCAAUUCAUUUCGAAGUGAAACCAAGUAAUCCAGAUGAAACAGUUUAUAAAAGAAGUCAGUUAAAUAAGGUUUUGGAUUAUUCACCAAAUGAUCAAAAUGCCAUCACGGAUGGUAGUCAUAAUUUAACUAAUGGUAAAAUGAAUGUAUCAUUUCCUCCUAACCUGUCUACAAUUGGUGAAGAACCAGAUCCUAUCGAUUCAGUUAAAGAUCGUCCUGCUGAAGCUCAAGUUUUCUCUUCUUUACAAAUUUUAACAGCUGUUUUUGGAUCAUUUGCUCAUGGUGGUAAUGAUGUAAGUAAUGCUAUCGGGCCGUUGAUUGGUUUAUGGCUUAUUGCCACAACACAAUCAGUUGACUCAUCGAAAACUACAGAUAUUUGGAUUUUGGUUUAUGGUGGUGUUGGUAUAUCAGUUGGUCUUUGGAUAUGGGGUAGACGAGUUAUUCAAACAUUAGGUGAAGAUCUGACGAAAAUAUCACCUUCCAGUGGUGUUUGUAUUGAAAUUGGUUCAGCCCUAACUGUAUUAAUUGCUAGUAAAAUUGGUCUGCCAAUAUCAACUACACAUUGUAAAGUUGGUUCAGUCGUAUUUGUUGGACGUGCACGUUCUAGAGACAAUGUUAAUUGGGGUAUAUUUCGUAAUAUUCUAGCUGCAUGGUUGGUAACUUUACCGGCUGCUGGUGCUAUCUCUGCUUUACUCAUGUAUAUAUUUACAUUUGUAGUAUGAAUUUAGUUUAUUAUUAUUAUUAUAUUAUUAUUAUUAUUAAUAAAUAUUUUAUGAUUAAAAAAUCUGUUUUUAUAAGUAAAGAGAACGAACAGAAUAAACUAAAUCUCAC